UGGGCUUCCCUGGCUAUUUGGCGCGCUACUGUGGCACCCCUGUGAGGGAAUGACCACAUUAAUAUUAUUUUGUGCAAAAUACUCAUGUAACGGGACAUUUUUCAUUACUAUAUGAAUUUAUUUUCAGUUUCUUUAAAAGGAUAGAAAAUCCAUGUAACAGGGAUUCAUUUUAUGUUAGAAAGCAGUGAGGGCGGAACUUUGGUGGUUGCUCCGGGGUUUCGGGGUUCAGUAAGUGGAGCCCACCUUCCGCUGCUUCCUCAGACACGUUCUGAAGGAAAGCAGAGACGCAUCGUGUCUUCCUUACUCCGCUCUUCACCUGCUUUUACAGCUGCUCCUGUGUGAAGAGCCGGAGGAUUUUCAGCCGGGUCUGCUGGAGGAUUCGCGGGCUGACUUGUCUCCUCCCUCUUCCAGGAGAAAGCGGCGUUCACGCCACCAUCGCUCCACGGUGGCUGAGCAGACAACUUCCGUGAGUGAAAAUGACUGUUUGCCCCAUUCUGAUUCAAAGCCUUCUGCCAUUUCAUCCACGGUUAGUCAUGCUGCUCCUAUGAACACUUUAGUUUUUCAACCAGCUCCUCGGAACCUUCAUGAUUCCGAUCCUGUAUCUGAGACUCUACGUGAUGCUCCACCAGUACCUCACUGUAUUUUGUUCUGUGCCUCAGAUGGAAAACAUAAAUAGUAACAGAGUGCCUCCUACCAUAGUUAAACUGACUAAAAGACUUGGACUUGAUGCCACUGAGCUAAUGAAUCAAGUUGAAUUUUGUGUUCCACAGCCAGCCAUGUUCAAACACACUCACCAUGUUUUAGAGUCAGACCAAGUUCAACCUGCACCUCAAGUGACUGUUUUGGGUGUGGCUUCACCCCUGGACUUUGCUGCUCACCAGUCAGCUUAUUCUGAAACUGACUUUGCAAACCUACCUACUCCUGUGACCACUCCUGAGCUCCGCUCUCCACCACCUGUCCCUGCUCAGCAUUCCGCGGCUCCCACGCCGCCGCCUGUUCCUGCUGGAGGCCCAGGAGAGCCCGUCCAGCUUCAUGCCACGUCAGCUGGAGGGCCCGAGGAGUCCGUCCAGCCUCAUGCCACGUCAGCUGGAGGGCCCAGAGCACCCAUACACUACCUCUCCGUGUCUGCUGACAGCUCUGAGUCCAUUCAGCCGUCAACUGCUUCACCACCUGCGACUCCCAUGCCCGUCCUGCCGCGUCCACGUCCGGUUUGGCAUCAGCGGCCACCUUCCAGGCCACUGACUGGACUUCUUCGCCGGCGCGGCCGGCCCCUGGACCUGCUUCGUCGCCACCGCUGGCUCCGCGGUCGGCUUCCAGAACUGUUCAGUCAUGAACUACUGAGCCGUUGGCCUCCUGGUCGGCCUCCCCACCUGAGUUUUUGGACUGUCCCCUGUGCCUUUGUUGGACAUUUUGUUUUCGACCUAGUUUUGGCCCUCCAACCUGGACCCCCGCCAGCUGCCCUGGGUGGGUUGUUUUUGGUUUUGUUUUCCCGGCUUGGGGCAUCUGGAAUCCGCCCUUGAAGGGGGGCCUCUGUCACGAUCCUGGGUCUUAUGACCCAAUGUUUUGAGUUUAGUUUAUUUGGAUGUUUAUAUGAUUAAGCUCAUUAGUUUUUCUAGUUCUUUCUAGUUCUUAUAAAGCGCCUUGAGGCGAAUUUUGUGAUUUGGCGCUAUAUAAAUAAAAUUGAAUUGAAUUCUUUGUUAUUAGAUUCCCCUUGUGUCUUCCAACCCCUGUUAAGUCUCCCCUGCUCUUCAUGUGUCUCAUGCCAGUGUUUCUAGUUUUACUUCCCUUGUCUCGUCCAGCCUGAUUACUCCCAGCUGUGCUUUCCUUCUGUGUCUCAUUCCCUUGUUAUACCUCUGUGUAUUUAAGCCCUGUGUUUCUCUUUGUC